CCUCGUCCCCGGCGACGGAGCGCUUUCCGUGGCCCUGCUGCCUCCUGUUGCAUUCUGGGGCCUCAGAGCUCUCUGGCUGAGGAUUCUAAAGGCCCCUCCGUAAACUCCACAUCCCACAAUGCAGCAGGAGGCAGCCAGAGCAGUUAAAGAGGAAUAGCAGCGCUAUAAGAGCUCCAACAAAUCAGAGGCUCCCAAACUUGGGUCCUUCAGGUGUUUAGGACUUUCAGCUCCCAGAAGGCCUAAGAGAACAGGAAUUCUGGGAGAUGAAGUCCCCCCUCCAUGCUAACUGCUCCCUCCCUGGCCUUGGAGGGAGAGAAGACCUAGCAGACCCCAAGCUGAAGCACCAUGGAUGCACGUUUUACUCGUGGGAAGUCUGCUAUCCUUGAGCGCUCACUAACCCGGCCUAAGACGGACAUCAGUCUGAGUGCCUUUUCACUGCUGUUUUCUGAGAUUGUGCAGUACUGUCAGAACAGGGUCUACUCAGUUUCGGAGCUUCAGAACAAACUUUCUGAACUAGGCCAGCAGGUGGGAGCCCGUAUUUUGGAUGUGCUGGUGAUGCGGGAGAAGAACGGUAAGCGAGAAACUAAAGUCAUCAACAUACUGCUUUUCAUCAAAGUGACUGUAUGGAAGGCUCUCUUUGGGAAGGAGGCUGACAAGCUGGAACAAGCAAAUGACGACGACAAGACCUACUAUAUCAUUGAGAAGGAGCCUCUCAUCAAUACUUACAUUUCAGUUCCCAAGGAGAACAGCACACUAAACUGUGCCUCCUUCACAGCUGGCAUUGUGGAGGCCAUGCUGACUUGCAGUGGCUUUCCUGCCAAAGUCACGGCCCACUGGCACAAAGGCACCACUCUUAUGAUCAAGUUUGAUGAGUCAGUGAUAGCCCGAGACAAAGCUCUGGAUGGCCGCUGACUUCAUUCACUGUGAAGUGAUCUGCAUUGUACAUAUGUACUUAGUAUUCUAAAAUAAUUUCCCUAACUAUGUUUGGACGGUUUACAGUAAGGGGCAGCAAGCUCCAGAGUGAGGCAUUGUCUCCCAUAUGCUGAUGCUGACAGUGAAUGUUUAUACUGUUUAUCUAGGACCACUUUUGUUUCCAAAAAAUCUACAGAUAUGUUUCUUUACUCUUGUUAGACGGAAUGGAAUUGUUUCCCCUGCAAAGAGAUAUACCAUCUGCUAAGGAGAGCUAAAUUAUGUGUGAUUUGAUGCAGAGCUUUCCUCAGUGCUGUUGCCUUGCACAUUUUUAUUGUUACCCCAUAGAACUUACCACUAGAAAAUAUUAGCCAAGGGUAUAUUUUGCUAGGCCAUCUGGUUUGGAAUGAACUGUAAAGCCUCUCUUAUUCUGCUGCUUCUUAGCUAGUCCCUGUCAGUUGUUACUCGCCUUCACCACUUACUUGCUCUCUUGCCUGCAAGAAUGAUCUGAAGAUGGCGUGGCAAAACAGGCAACUUACAAAUUAAAUGAGUAGUUUCCUUUUGAGUUGCACUGGUUUGGAGACCAACCACUUUGAAUAAAGUAUUUCAGAACAAGAGUAAAACAUCAAAAAGACUGUUUGCUUCUGUGAAAAGUACGCUUUGCUACCCAUAUAGUUUCUGCUGUAGAGAGCAAAAGGCAACAGAUAUUUAAAUCUGUUUUUGCUUCCCUGCCUGCAAGGCUUGGGAGCUGUCAAGUAAAGGCUUCUUUGAGAAUUAUUCCAAAAGCUUUUACUAACAGGGCUUUCCCAUUAGGUUAGUCAGACUCAUUUUCUGCUAUAUUCUGAAAAAAAGGGGAAAGUGCUGUCUCUCUCACCAUUGAGUAUUCUUGUCCUUUUAUAUCAGGUGGAUGAGGGGAGAAGAUAUAGAUAUAUAAGUAAUGCUAAACCAUACUUCAGCAUGGUGCACAUGAGAGAAAAACCUGCAAAUGCGACUGAGGACAUUGGCCAGAAGGAAGAAUAAACUAGAUUUUAGUUUUGCUUUACCUGAUUCCUAUCCUCUCGUGUACAGACCUGGAAACAUGGCUUAAAUUAGCCAGCUAAACAAUCCUGAUUUUGUAAUUGGUUUGUUUAGUGGUUAUGGGGUUGUUAAAACAAUGAUGUCCAGUUUGCACAUAUUAACAGCCCAGGAAUCAGACAUAGCAUGAAUGGACUUACUCCUUCCCCAAGUUAAGUGGAAGGAAGGAGUGGGUAGGUCCCUGAGGUUUGCUCAGGCUCUUAAUCUGCUCAUGCAAAGACUAGCAAAUUGGCCUUCCUCAACCUGAGUUACUCUGGAUGACUGGCUCACAGUUCCCAGGCAACACAGGCAUAGGUCAGGGAUGAUGGGUAUUUCAGAAUGAAGCAUCUGAUGGGAAAUAGAUGGUGGAACACUGAGCUCAACAGUAGUUUUGUAUGAUGUGUAACCAUUCCUAUUUUGUUGAAAGUUGUUUGCAGCAUUUUUAAAACUAGUUUGAAAUUAUCCUGCUAACUAAAGGCACUAAAUGUUUUGAUUAAUUGGUUUACCAAGUAAAAGUGCUGAAAAAUAUCUCUUUAGUGACCUUUUUAAUGCCUUCCUCUCUGAACCUUCCUUUUUCUUUAGUGAGAUAAAUUAAAAUAAUCCCUGUGCUUUACACAACAAACACAUUAAGGUGACACUGAUGGGCACUAUGUGAGUGAAUCAUUUGAUUUAUGUGUGAAUUUACUGUAGGGGAAGAAUAUGUCCUUGUUAUAUGUUUAGCAAUGUAGUGUGUGUAUUCUUUGAAAAUGAAGCUUUCCUGUUCUCAGAGUAUAGUUCAUAGAUUGAGAGAGGUUUAAUAUUAAUUCACCUCAUGUAAAAAGAGUUCAUCCAAAAAUGUUAAAUUGUUAUUUCUAGGUUUUAUAUGCUUUAGUGGAGAAUGUCCCACUAAACUGCUGUAUCUUAUUGAGGUUCUGUGGUUUUUUUUACAGUUUAUGAGUUACACUAUGGACUUUCUGUCUAAGUGAGCAGACUUUCCAAAUGAGAUACUAGCAGCCAGGAAAGAUUAGAUGUGAAAACAGCCCAAAUUCCAGGAAUGAGGAUUCCCCCCCCUCCCCUGAACAUUUACAUUUAUUUUCCAGGCCUUCAUAUCCCUAAAGAAGUUACAGCGAGUCCUUCCAAUCCACAGGGGAUUGGUUCUGAGAAAUUGCAUGGAUAUGAGGGGGGGGGGAAGCAGGUGAUCAUGCCUCAUAACGUGAACAUGUGUUCAUGCCACUCCCAUUUAAUAUUAUGGGGUGUGACAUUCCAUGGCCAGUUGAAUUUGUGGAUCUAGAAACAGAAAGUUUGGAGGACCCACUGUAUAAAGUUGAAUUGGAGUUGAAUUGGAAUCUUAUGCAAUUCCUUCCUGUAGCUAUGCCAUGUUGUAGAAAUGAAUUCAAGUGGGGUCGUGGCAAAUUUGGUUCUUCAAAUUUGGUUUGAAGAAUUCUGCAAGUAGCAUAAAAGAUAUUGUUGAAAGGAAUGGUAGUACAAAAGUUUUAUCUUGCCUCUGCUAGCAUUAUGUCACAACAUAACUUAUUGAAGAAAAGUAAGCUGAUGAUUUGCAAAAGUGAGAAAAGUUUGGAUAAUGACCCACUUAAAAUUUCUAGAGAGAAACUAAUACAGCUUUCCUCCCAGAUGGUUUCUUUCAGUAAAUAUCAGACUUGUGUAUAUGCAUGUGAAUCAGUCCUAAGCAUUAUUUAUCUCUCAGUAGAAGUGGUAGCCUUGCUAUCAUGCAAUACAAUAGGGAGUACAAGUAAUGAAAUUUACCCUUUUCUGUGCACAGUUAUUUUGGAGCUAAAAUGUACAUAGAAUUGCAGAUUAUUACUUAUGCUUGUUUUGUUUCUUUGGACUGCUUGACACUGUGUUGCAUAUGAUGGCUUUUCUUCACCAACAAGAGUGGGAAGUUUUCUUAUUACAAAAGAAGUAUAAAGUAUAAACUUGAUUUUUUUUCCUGCAGUUACAUUAUAACAGUUACUAGGUAGGUGUAACUGACAAGGAAAUGCAUCUCCUUGACUCUAGAAAGUUGGAGGUGGAUCCUAAUAACUAAUGUGUAAAAACAGAAAGGACUUUAAUUGUUUAGAAAUGUUUGCUUUAGGCAUUAUUUAAUUAAACACCCACCAUGGACCAAGAGCUGCUUCUGAGAAGAUGAUUGAUACUUAAAAACAGUUACCAGAGUACAGAGUUUCUUCUUCAACAUCUGUUUUCCAUUCACAUUCUUCUUCAUGCACAUGGCUUUUCAAAUGAAUAAUACAGGUGUACAUCAAUUACAGCUUUAAAUAUAUGAAGUAAUUAAAUAUUUAUAAUUACUGGGAAAAUAAAUGCUUUUCUGCUUGCAACUUU